AUGGAGAUCAAUGGGGUCUUCCGUCUGAAGGCAGAGGUAGCGCAGCAGCAGGAGCCUGACGCAGCAGCAGCAGCAGCAACAGGAACAGCAGCAGGAACAGCAGCAGCAACAGCUGCUGCUGCUGCUGCUGCUGCUGCUGCUGCAGCAGGGGAGGAUGAUCCCCUUGAAUCCCGCCCGGCAUCCCCUGGCGGCUUCCUUAGUUCCUCUGGUGAUGGAGCAGCAGCAGACAGUGUUUCCCGUUCUGCUGCUGCUGCUGCUGCACGCAGCAGCAGCACCAGCAGCAGCAGCAGCAGCAGCAGCAACGGCAGCAACAGCAACAGCAACAGCAGCAGCAGCAAGGAUGCUGCAGCAGAUGGUUCUGCAUCAGAGGGAACCCCCAAUGGAUGGGCUUCCCUGCGCGAUUGCCCCCCCCGCCGUUCUCGCCCCCCUCGUCGCAGCAGCAGCAGCAAGCAGCAGCAGCCGUCGUUCUCCGGACGAGAUAAUAAACUAUUCUUCUCUGUCUCCUUCAUCGACAAGUUCUUGCACAGGACAACGAGCAUCAGCAGCAGCAGCCCAAGCAGCAGCAGCAGCAGCAGCAGCAGCAGCAGCAACAGCAGCAACAACAACAAAAAUAACUCCGAGGCUACCUGGGGUUAA